UUCAUCGGCUGGUGAUCCUCGUCCAGGCCGCCUCAUUCUCGCGGAGCUCGCGGCCGCUCGGGGCAGAGAGUAGCCGGGGCGCCCAGAAGCCCCGGGAAAGGACGAGGAGCGGGGCCGGGCCGGGCCGGCAAUGCCUCCAGCUGCUGCGGCGCCUGCCGGCGACCGAGCGCCCGCGGCCUCGGGGGCGCAGCUGGGCCCCGGGGAGGCCAGGCUUUGAGGCGCUGGGGCCUAGCUCCCCCGCCUCCCUCGCUCUCUGCGGCCCCGCUUCGGCUCGCUUCCUCCGCCGCCGACCGCCAUGGCCUCCGCCGCCCGGGAGAGCGCGGGCUCCGGGCUCAGGCCGCCGCCACGGCUCCCGGCGCUGCGCGGGCUGCUGCUGCUGCUGUGCUUGUGGCUGCCCAGCGGCCGCGCGGUGGGGUCGCCCUCCGCGCCACUGUCCGAGCUGCACGCGCAGCUCUCGGGAGUGGAGCAGCUGCUGGAGGAGUUCCGCCGGCAGCUGCAGCAGGAACGGCCGCAGGAGGCGCUGGAGCUGGAACUGCGCGCGGGCGGCGGCCCCCAGGAAGGCUGCCCAGGCGGCGGCGGCGGCUACAGCGCCAUGCCGGACGCCAUCAUCCGCACCAAGGACUCCAUCGCGGCCGGCGCCAGCUUCCUGAGCGCGCCGGCUGCCGUGCGGGACUGGCGGCAGUGCCUGGAGGCCUGCUGCCUCGAGCCGCGCUGCUCCGUGGCCGUGGUGGAGCUGCCCCGCCGGCCCGCGCCCCGGGCCGCCGCGCUCGGCUGCUACCUCUUCAACUGCACCGCGCGCGGCCGCAGCGUCUGCAAGUUCGCACUGCACCGCGGCUACAGCAGCUACAGCCUCAGCCGCGCCCGAGAGGGCGAGCAGGAAGGCCUGGAAGCUGGCGCCCCGGCCACCGCCCGGGCCUCGCCGCGGCCGGAAAAGGACGAGCCUCCACUUAGCAAGGCCGGGCAAGAUGUUGUUUUGCACCUGCCCACAGAUGGAGUGAUUCUGGAUGGCCGUGAGAGCACAGAUGACCACGCCAUCGUCCAGUAUGAGUGGACACUGCUGCAGGGUGACCCGUCAGUGGACAUGAAGGUGCCUCAGUCCGGAACCCUGAAGCUGUCCCACCUACAGGAAGGGACGUACACCUUUCAGCUGACGGUGAUGGACACUGCUGGGCAGAGGAGCUCUGACAACGUCUCGGUGACUGUGCUUCCCGUGGUCUUCUCCACAGGAGGAUGCUCGAAUGUUUGCUCACGCUACCACUUCUUUUGUGAUGAUGGCUGUUGCAUUGACAUCACGCUGGCUUGCGAUGGAGUGGAGCAGUGUCCUGAUGGGUCUGAUGAAGCUUUCUGUCAAAAUCUGAGCCUUGACCGCAAGAUGGUGACCCACACGGCUAUGGCACAGCCUAGACCCACCGGACCAAGCAAAGAUGCAGGCAGGGGCUCCUUGCGGGAAAAGUCCCAGAAAGCCACCGCCCCAAAACAGCCACCUGCGUCAUCAACCACGGAAAAGAGGAAUCAUUCCGCCUCUUGGGGACCAGAGAGUCUCAUUGAUCCUGGGAUACCAGAUAGUGGUUCCUCAGGGAAGCACAGAAAAGAGGAAAAUUAUAUUUUUGAGUCAAAGAGCAAUCGAGGAGGAGGGGAACACCCAGCCCCAGAAGCAGGUGCUCCAGUGACAAAGACGGAAGACAACAGGAAUGGGGAAAGGGUGUAGGUGGUACAGGGGAUAUUUAUUUCUAUCACACCUUCCAAGAAAAGAUUGGAUCUCACUCUCACAGAGCACUCCAACUAGCUCUGGAUGCCUCAGUUAGAGAAGGAUGGAAAGCUGGUGAGAAACAAGAGAAUGUUCGUAAGAAAGCACUAGGAUGAGUUCUUGAAUUAAUCCUGAAGAAAAUUUGAAAGAACAGAAAUCAUCUAGCCUGGCAAGAAACUGACUAGGGAGCUUUUUACAUAAUUCUCAUGUGAGCUGAGAAAAUGUAAGCAACGCUUUUUAACCACAUUCUAUCCUUACCACCACUGCCUUAAUUCAGGCCACCAUCACUGUACCCCUGACUUGCUACGGGUACCUCCUAUUUCUGACCCUAGUUUUGUCCCUUUCCAAUCUACUCUCUACCCCACUGCCAGAAUUAUCUUUCUGAAAUGGAAUUCUGAUUGCUUCACUGCCUGGCUUAAACAGUCACUCCCUACCACCCUCAAGGCAGAGUCAACACACCACACUCUAAUUGCCUAUUUGUCUUGUCUUUGGAUUUUUUUUGGAUCCUCUACUUGACUGUUAGUUCCAUGAGAAUGGUCAGUUUCAAAUUCACAGCUGUACAUUCCUGGCCCUAAAGCAGUGCCUACAUAGUGGGCACGCACACACUUGUUGAAUCAAUGAUGUAUUAAGAAGGUCCUCACACUGAAAAAUAUUUAACAAACUUAACAACAGAACAAAUUGCCAAAGAAAAGUAUUAGAUAUUGCUUUUCCAAAGGCAAUUUAAAACAAAGGCUUUUUUCUUUUUUUUCCUGUCUAGAACAGUUUAAGCAUAGAUUAGCCUGACGGGGAUAGAAAUAGGGCACACAAAAACUAGAUGUCCUCUCAAAUCUAUUCCACACCUAAAUUUAAAAAGAAGCAGAGGGGGACUUCCCUGGUGGUGCAGUGGUUAAGAAUCCGCCUGCCAAUGCAGGGGACACAGGUUUGAUCCCUGGUCCAGGAAGAUCCCACAUGCCGCAGAACAACUAAGCCCGUGCGCCACAACUACUGAGCCUGCGCUCUAGAGCCCACGAGCCACAACUACUGAGCCCACGUGCCCCAACUACUGAAGCCCUCGUGCCUAGAGCCAGUGCACUCCAACAAGAGAAGCCACCACAAUGAGAAGCUCACGCACCGCAAUGAAGAGUAGCCCCUGCUCACCGCAACUGGAGAAAGCCAGCACGCAGCAACGAAGACCCAACGCAGCCAAAAAUAAAUUAACUAAUUAGUUAAUUUAAAAAAAAUAGGGGGCUUCCCUGGUGGCGCAGUGGUUGAGAAUCUGCCUGCCAAUGCAGGGGACACGGGUUCGAGCCCUGGUCUGGGAAGAUCCCACAUGCCGCGGAGCAACUGGGCCCGUGAGCCACAAUUACUGAGCCUGCGCGUCUGGAGCCUGUGCUCCGCAA